AUGGGUAACCAGCAAUCGAGUGCUGGAGGCGGCGGGCCUCCAGGAGAUGACAAGAACAAGAAGGACAAGAAGGAGAAGCCAAAGUACGAGCCGCCGCCACAACCCACAACCCGCAUCGGCAGGAAGAAGAAGAAGGCCGCCGGACCCAGCGCCGCCGCCAAGCUCCCGACCGUCUACCCGACCGCACGAUGCAAGCUACGCUACCUCCGAAUGCAGCGCAUCCACGACCAUCUCCUGCUCGAGGAGGAGUACGUCGAGAACCAGGAGCGUCUGCGCAAGGCCAAGGCAGUGAAGGAAGGAAACGCGCCCGCAGCCAAUGCAGGGGAUGCCGAAGACCGGAAUGCCGAUGAGCGCUCACGCGUCGACGACAUGCGCGGCAGUCCCAUGGGCGUCGGUAACCUCGAGGAGCUCAUCGACGACGACCACGCCAUUGUUUCCAGCGCCACCGGGCCCGAGUACUACGUCUCCAUCAUGUCUUUCGUCGACAAGGAUCUGCUAGAGCCCGGAGCGAGCAUCCUGCUGCAUCACAAGUCGGUUUCAGUAGUCGGUGUGCUCACAGACGAUGCCGAUCCGCUGGUAUCGGUCAUGAAGCUGGACAAGGCGCCCACAGAGUCGUAUGCGGAUAUUGGUGGUCUAGAGCAGCAGAUCCAGGAGGUGCGGGAGGCGGUCGAGCUGCCCCUGUUACAUCCGGAACUGUACGAGGAGAUGGGUAUCAAGCCCCCGAAAGGUGUCAUCCUCUACGGUGCACCAGGUACCGGAAAGACGCUUCUGGCCAAGGCCGUGGCCAACCAGACCAGCGCAACUUUCCUGCGUAUCGUGGGUAGUGAGCUAAUCCAGAAGUACCUUGGAGACGGUCCUAGACUCGUGCGACAGCUCUUCCAGACUGCCGCCGAGAACGCGCCUUCCAUUGUCUUCAUUGACGAAAUCGAUGCUAUCGGUACCAAGCGUUACGAGUCUACAUCCGGUGGUGAGCGUGAGAUUCAGCGAACCAUGUUGGAGUUGCUCAACCAGCUGGACGGAUUCGACGACCGUGGAGACGUCAAGGUCAUCAUGGCCACCAACAAGAUCGAAACACUCGACCCUGCCCUUAUCCGUCCUGGUCGUAUUGACCGCAAGAUUCUCUUCGAGAACCCCGAUCAAACCACCAAGAAGAAGAUCUUCACUCUGCACACCUCCAAGAUGUCGCUCAACGAGGAUGUCGAUCUCGACGAGUUCAUCAACCAGAAGGACGACCUUUCUGGUGCCGACAUCAAGGCCAUCUGCUCCGAAGCUGGUCUCAUGGCGCUCCGUGAGCGUCGUAUGCGCGUCAACAUGGAGGACUUCCGCACCGCAAGGGAACGUGUCCUUAAGACGAAGACGGAGGGUGAGCCGGAGGGCUUGUAUUUGUAA